CCAAAAACGAAAGUUGAGAUGUUCACGAUCACAGGAAGCAGCAUGUGGGCCUCGUCCCCGAUGCCGCCCUGUUUUCUGAGACUGAGCAUUUUUGGCUCCUCCACCACCACUAUCACCAAACCACCGCCGGAGAGAUGCUUUCCCCUCGCCGUCUCCCCCUCAAACAAGUUUCAACGCCGACCACCGCCGCCGCAAAACUCCUCCGGCGACGACCACGCCCAAGACAUCAGGGGUUUAGGCCUAACCGUCCUCACCGCUCUCAAAUCCAACCCACAAAUCGAACCCCUCAAUCCUCGCCCCCAAAAUAGUGCCUCAUCAAUCAAAAACCCAAUUUCAAAACAACGAUCCAGAGAAGAAGAACAAGAAGAGAGACAGCUAAGUGGUUCGGAUGUGUUAAUGGCGUUACAAAGAGCCGCUGCUCAGAAAAUCAAGAAGAAACGAAGAAGGGACUACUCUUCUUCUAAGUUAGUUAAAAACAGAGGCCCAAGUGGUACAGUUCAAAAAGAAGGUGAAGAAGAAGAAACAGACACUUGGAAUUAUAGCAAUGCUCGACCCAUUUGCGUAAAAAGCGAUUGGACUACUCGUUUGGAUGAAUUCGAAAAGCGUCUUCAGGAACUUGUAGAUACUGCUAUAAUUCAAUAAAGCUGGUCUUUUUUUAUUUUUUUCUUCUUAAAUUUAACUUCUAUAUAUAGUGAUUGUAUAAUAAUCUCUAUGCUCUUUGCUUCAUUUCAAAUUGUUGGUUGCAGCCUCACCAUUCUUGUUUUUGAGCCCCAACACUUGUUUAUAGUGUAUGUAAACUUUGAUUGUCUAGUCAAUUAUCUUGAUUCUGAAUAUUAGAGUAAUCUUCUGUUAGCAUUUAUAUAUUGCUGUCUACACAAGCAGCCUUGUUGUACUUUUCUCUUUUUCAAUAGUGGAACUGGGCUUCUCUUUUUCA